UCCAGAGUGAAAAAUGAACUCAAUCUUGGCUUUCGUCGCCGUUGCAUCCAUCAUUUUUGUUAAGGCCAGCGCGCACAUCGGAGAAUUCGAGCAGGUGGGAUUGGGAGCAACAAGCUUCAAGCCUCAGUUCGAUGUUUCACCAGUGCAAUCCCGCGCCGGCGGUCUCUACGAGCAAUUCAGAGGCAUGCAAAACCAGUACGGUAGUUCCCCGAAGUUCCAGUACACUGGCCGCAAUCAAAUCCUCGAAAAGAGACCACAGUCCCCAUGGCAAUCGCCACUCCGCAACUGUUAUCUGUCUCCGGUGCAAUGCCUGCUCCCGGUGCAACAGCAUCAAUUCAACAAGUUUCACAAAAGAUUUAUGCUGUAGGCUCAUAGAAAUCGAAUAAUUUGAUCUCCUAAAAACGUGAUCUCAUCCCUAUCGCAUUCCCGAACAAUUAUUGAUUCCAGUUUUCUGAUCACUUUGUCCCCGUUUUUAUGUGUCCUGAUGAUUAAUAAAGCAAAGUCAGCGUUA